CAGCAUCGCCAGCCCCACGAGCAUCGCGACUCUUGGCCGCGGCAAGCGCUGUGGGACGGGUGGGGGGGCUGCUGUCGGAGAUGUGGUAGUCUCCCCCCGCCCCACCACCCGACCCUCGCGGUGCCAGAUAUAAAGUCUGCGAAAAGCAUGCCAUCGGUCCUUCAUCUUCUCCUCUCGCUCCGGUACCCGCCAGCGUCCCAUCCUUCCUUGCUGCAGCAGCUCCAGCAGAAGGGACUCCACCGAAAGCGUCGCCGCCCACCCCGAAUACAAAGCCACCCGCCACACCUCGGCGUCGGCGGCUUAGACGAGAGAAAAGAAAGAAAGACGAGAGGAAAUCAAAAUGGUGAAAAUACUUGCCAUCCUCAUCUUCUGUCUGACCACCUCUACCUGGGCGGUUGCUGAAAAGCAGGAAGCCCAGGACGACGCAGCUAAUAAGACACCGGAAGUCAAAAGAACCUUCGACCCCAUCAACCAUGCCAGUGAGCUAUCUGGUUUUGUCAAGAGACCCUUUGACUCCAUCGGCGAUGGCGCAAUGAGUUCUUUCAUCAAACGCCCCUUCGACUCCAUUGGCAGUGGCGCAAUGAACUCAUUUAUCAAGCGUCCUUUUGACUCCAUUGGCAGUGGCUCAAUGAGUUCUUUCAUCAAACGUCCUUUUGACUCCAUUGGCAGUGGCUCAAUGAGUUCUUUCAUCAAACGUCCAUUUGACUCCAUUGGCAGUGGCUCAAUGAGUUCUUUCAUCAAGCGUCCAUUUGACUCCAUUGGUAAUGGCGCCAUGAGCUCCUUCGUCAAACGUCCAUUUGACUCCAUUGGCAGUGGCUCAAUGAGCUCAUUUAUUAAGCGUCCAUUUGACUCCAUUGGCAGUGGCUCAAUGAGCUCCUUCGUCAAACGCCCGUUUGACUCCAUUGGCAGUGGCUCAAUGAGCUCAUUUAUCAAGCGUCCUUUUGACUCCAUUGGUAAUGGCGCCAUGAGUUCGUUUAUCAAACGUCCAUUUGACUCCAUUGGCAGUGGCUCAAUGAGCUCCUUCGUCAAACGCCCAUUUGACUCCAUUGGCAGUGGCUCAAUGAGCUCCUUCGUCAAACGCCCAUUUGACUCCAUUGGAAGUGGCUCAAUGAGCUCAUUUAUUAAGCGUCCAUUUGACUCCAUUGGCGGUGGCUCAAUGAGCUCAUUUAUGAAGCGUCCAUUUGACCCCAUCGGUCACGGACACUUCUCGUCAUUCAUCAAGAAGAACUCUGACCUGGAAGACGCCGAGGAAGAUCUGGAAUCUCUUGGUAAUGACGAAGAAGGCGAGGAAGAAGUAGAUAAGCGGCCGUUCGAUUCCAUUGGCCACGGUGGUUUCUCCAACUUCGUCAAACGCCCUUUUGACUCCAUCGGCAAUGGCGCCAUGAGUUCGUUUAUCAAACGCCCGUUUGACUCCAUCGGCAAUGGCGCCAUGAGUUCGUUUAUCAAACGCCCGUUUGACUCCAUGCAACACGGCGAUGACACCUUUACCAACUUCGUCAACCGACCUGGCUUGGACAAACUGUCAGGCGGGGAGGUGGCCGGUUUCGCCAAUAAGAAGCCUUUCGAUUCCAUCUCUCACGGAGCGCUCAGCGGCUUCACCAAGCGGGAGGCAGAGAAAAAAUGAGGCAGUUGGAGUGCAGAAGUGAGGAAGAGCAGCAGUAGCAGCAGUAACAAACGUUUUGAAUACAACGCUGGCAAAAGACUGGCAAAACACUGGCAAAACAGGCUUCAGUCAGUUGGUCUAGCGGUUAGAGAGGAUCGCUCAAGUGUUGGUAUUGUUCAAGUCGAUCCAGACCCUUGGGGUAUAGUUGUCGACUCACUUGUAAACGUGCCUGCCAACGUGAACGGUGUCGACAACCUCUUUAGUAAGUGUAAAGAGUUGCGGGAUUUUUCCUUAUCAGUGUUUUCAUUGGUAAAUUUACUCUCACGUAAAUUAGGAUUUCAUUAUGUUUGAAGGAAGUAUGUACAGUGGAACCUCGGUUAGCGAACGCCUCGGAUAGCGAAUAUUUCGGUUAACGAACAAAAAUUUCGUUAAAAGUUUGUCUCGGAUAGCGAACAAAAUUUCGGAUAACGAACAGCCACGUGAACCACACGUGACCCACCAGCAUAUCAUUAUUCGCGCUUGAGACACAGUUACGAUCAGUCGUUCCUUAUCUGUGAGCAUCCUUCUUAUUUAGUGAUUUUUGUACUUUAGUUUAAUAAGACAAUCCUUAAUCUUAGUUCCAAAGAAGAUUAAGAGCAAUUAAUA